UAUCAAGUUCAUAGCUCAUCUCCACUUGCCUUCUUUAUCAAACACACACCCACUAGAAAGAAAAAAAAAAUGAAGUCUCUCCAUUUUAUUACAAGAUUUUCUUCCAUUUCUCUGAAUCUUUGCUUCAUCUUCAUAACCCUUUUUCCGUCACUAAUCUCAUCACAAACUUGUGAAAAACUAUGUGGAGAUCAAAAACUCAAAUACCCAUUUGGUAGUGGACAAGGCUGCGGUGACCCAAGAUUUCAAAAGUUCGUAACAUGUGAUCGCGCGCAAAAAAAACUCAUGCUUAACACCCAUACCGGAACUUACCGCAUUACCAGUAUUGAUUAUACCAAUCUAACCAUUUAUAUUCAAGAUCCAUCGAUGUCAACUUGUUCAUCUUCUCAACCCAGUAAAGGUUUCGGUUUAGACUGGGACGCACCAUUUACGUUUCUUGAUAGUAAUGUUUUUGCUCUUCUUGAUUGUUCAACAGCUUCUUCGCCACUUUACACUUCAAGAACUAGUCUUAACGGAAAUGGCACUAAUAGUACUACUGCCGGCAGUGGUAAUAUCGUUCCGCUCUGUGACCGCGAAGGCGGACCUAUUUGUAGUCUCUUAUAUUCAUGUCCAACAAUAAGUCGACUGAAUCUGCCAAUCUCUACUUGUUGCGUUUACACACCACUUGAUUUAGGACCAGCUUAUGAAAUAGAUUUGCAGAAGCUAGAAUGUAGUUCUUAUGCUUCGAUUUAUAGUUUUAACGGCAAAGAUUCGAACCCACAGGGGUGGAAGUACGGUAUUGGUCUUAAAUAUAGAUUCAGUGUCAAAAAUGAUUUUCCUAGUGCUUGUAGUAUUUGUGAGAAAAGUAAUGGAGUUUGUGGGUAUACCGGAACUUAUAACGCUUUCAUAUGUAGCUGUGUUGGUGGAGUAAAUAGUACUUCUGAUUGUUAUGCUUCGGCUUCUAUGAGAAAUGACGGACAAAAGAUUCUUCCAUGGCAUAUGAGAACUUGGUUAGCAUCUUCAAUGACAUUGUUUCUCAUUGGAGUCCUGUUUUAGAUCUAGAAGACUUAUAUCGGCAUAUGUAAUUCCCAAGUACAAGUUCUGAUGGAUUACGAUUGAGAGCGGUGUUUCUGCAAGGCUUCUUGUGUUAUUUUUCUUCUUGUUUUGCACGCACAAGACGUUCUUUUUUUCUUAUUGCCUUACUAUUUUAUAGUGAGUUCUCAAAUUUUGUAG